AAAUCAAAUUAAUUAUGUUCAUCUAAUUCAAUUUUUCUGUUUUAAUCCAAAACUACACACCCAUCUCCCAAAGCCUAAAAGAAGAGAGAUUUUUAACAAGAUUUCGAUUCAAGCCUAAGCAAAUACAAUCUAACAAGUUUCAAUUCCAGUAAAAAUGGCCACUCCCUUUUUGGCUGGGCUUGCAGUUGCUGCAGCUGCUCUUGCUGGUAGGUAUGGAAUCCAAGCUUGGCAAGCAUUCAAGGCUCGACCCCCUAAACCCAGAAUUCGCAAGUUCUAUGAUGGUGGUUUUCAGCCUAAGAUGACCAGAAGAGAAGCAGCUCUCAUUCUUGGUGUCAGGGAGAAUGCAACAUCAGAUAAGGUCAAGGAAGCACAUAGAAAAGUAAUGGUAGCAAAUCAUCCUGAUGCUGGAGGUAGCCAUUACCUUGCUUCCAAAAUCAACGAAGCCAAAGACGUGAUGCUUGGGAAGACAAAGGAUGGUGGAUCUGCAUUCUGAUAUAGUGAGUAUGGCUCGGAAGUUGGCUCAAAGGCAUGAGAUUGAUGAGAACUGAUUUGUUGGAGAGAUGGCCUUGCCAAUUUAGGAUCAAUAACUUCACUCUUGAAAGUGUAGGCUCCCCUAGAGUCAUAUUCACACAUUCUGGAUUCUUAGUUAUACUGCAAUAUGAUGAAAAUGUUGGCAAACCUUCAAGUUAUGUAUAAGUUUGGUGCGUUUGUAUUUUGGAUCCGGAUUUGGAUCUAGGCACCCUCAUUGUAAAUCUUGGAUAUUGACAGCCUAUUUGCGAAGAAGAAAUUUAUAAAAAUUCAGUUUAAUUAA